GAGUUCUUGCUUUUUAUUUUGAUUAUCAUAUUUAGUCAAAAAAUCAUUAUUUCAGGAAGAAUCAGAGAAUCAACGAUUAAGUCCUGCGUCCGGUUGCUCAUUGAAUCGAGAUCGUUGGAGUAAUGGGACGAUUCGUGUGCCAAAUAGUUGGCAUGAUUUCACCAUUCCAUUUAGUCAAAUCGAAUUCAAAAAGCAAAGUUUGAUUGGAAGGGGACGAUUUGGCGAGGUCCACAAAGCUAAUUGGUAUGGUGAUGUAGCUGUGAAAUUGCUAAAUAUGGAUCAUGUAGAUGAAGAAAAGCAGUUGGAAGCUUUUAAAGCUGAGGUGGCAUCGUUCAAGAACACCCGACACGACAAUAUUGUGCUCUUCAUCGGUUAUAGCUUCGAUCAGCAUAAGUUGGGUGUCGUGAUGUAUUACUGCAAAGGUCGACCGCUGCACCAGUUGCUUCAUGAUCAUCAUGAAAAAUUCGAUUUCACUCAGAUUAUUUAUUUUGCUACUCAGAUCUGUCAGGGUGUAUCAUAUUUGCAUACAAAAAGGAUCAUUCACAAAGAUCUGCGAACCAAAAAUAUUUUUGUUGAAAGUCGCAAUCGCAUUGUAAUCACCGAUUUUGGCUUAUUCAACAUGAAACGACUUGGUCAGCCAUACAGGAACUGUACAUUGAUUGUACCACAAUAUUGGUUAUCGUAUCUCGCACCAGAGCUGAUCAAGUCGUUAUCAGCUGAUCUGAUUCAGCUGCCUUUUUCCGAAAAUAGUGAUGUUUAUGCAUUCGGAACUGUGUGGUAUGAACUGAUGACAUAUCAUUUUCCUUUUCAAGAUCUCCACCCAGACAUAGUCAUAUGGAGAAUUGGCCGUGGCAUCAAAAUCCCACUUGGUGGCAUCGGCGCUGCUCGCGAUGUUCAGGAAAUAUUGGUCCGGUGUUGGAGUUACGUCGCCAAAGAAAGACCAACAUUCCGGGAUAUAUCAGGAAUGUUGGAAAGGCUACCAAAGAAACGUCUUGCACGUAGUCCAUCAUAUCCUGUCUCACGUAGCUAUGAAUCUAUGUUUUAA